AUGGAAAGUAAACGAAUCCAACUUAAAUUGGGUAAAUUUUUGGUUGUAUAUUGUCCUAAUUCCAAGAAAUUUGCUUUGACAAUAAUAUUGCAGAAAACUUGGUGUGUGGCCAAGCCAUCGUCGGAUCAAGAAACUUUACUAGCGAAUAUCAAUUACGCAUGCUCUCACGUGGAUUGCCAGAUUCUACAAAAGGGUUACCCUUGCUUUUCUCCAGAUAGUCUCAUAAGCCAUGCAUCAAUAGCCAUGAAUCUGUACUACCAAUGUAAGGGAAGGAACCGCUGGAAUUGUGAUUUCAGGGACUCUGGCCUCAUUGUCAAGACUGGUCCAAGCUAUAGCAACUGCAUCUAUGCCUAA